AUGGAAAAUUGGGGUCUAAUAACAGCUGCAGAAAAUUCUGUUGGCUAUAACCGGCAACUGUGUGAUGCACGAACAAAACUUUGGGUGGCCGAUGUUAUUGCACAUGAAAUUGCACAUAUGUGGUUUGGUAAUUUGGCAACAAUGCGAUGGUGGAAUGAUAUGUGGAUAAACGAAGGAUUUGCAACAAUGAUGGCUGUUAAAGCAGCAGAUUUUGUUCAGAAUACAACAAUUAGAACGAAUGAAUAUUUUACCGCUGAAAUGGCUUAUCAUGCAUUACGUAGUGACAGCUAUACGGAGCAACCAAUGAGCCUAAAAAAAAAUAGUACCCAAGUCUAUACAAUCAACAAAAAAAUUUUAUAUCUAAAGGCUGCCACUGUUUUACGUAUGAUGGAAGCAACAGUUGGUGAUGAUGAGUUCCGCGAAACGUUGCAUUAUUAUUUGACCAAAUAUGCGUAUAAAAAUGCUGAUAAAGAUGAAUUUUUGAACUGUUUUAGCAGGCAAUAUGCAGCAAAGAAACUUCGAAAUAAUACUUUCAUCAGUAAAAAUAUUUCACUGUUUAGUUUUUUGGAUUCUUGGUUUUAUCAGCCGGGAUUUCCGUUACUUCAAGUUGAUAGAAGUGGAGAUAAAAUUAUGGUCUCUCAAAAACUGUAUAAUACUGAUGAUAUUGGCAACAGUAGUGAGACAAAUUUCCAGUGGAAUGUACCACUAUUUGUCAAAACUAAUGAUCCAUCUUCAAUUUUAUGGCUACGAAGAAACGAAAGUUUGGUGUUACGUGCGUCAAGGAGGCCUGUGUUAGUUGAUGUUGAUACCAGAGGAUAUUAUCGGAUCAAUUAUGAUGAAAAUACCUGGAAAGAUCUAAUUGUACAGCUUCUAGAAAAUCAUACAGAAAUAUCGCCAAAUGCUCGUGUUCGACUGAUUGACGAUGCAUUUACACUUGCCGGGAGUAAGAUUAUAUCAUUUGAAGUACCGUUGCGACUGGGGAUUUAUUUAAAACAGGAAUUGAAUCUUAGCCCGCUGUCAUGUUUUUUUCGUCAUUUUGACGUUUUAAAUGAAAAAUUCAAAGUGCAUUCAAAAUCAGCACUGUUCACGAGGUUUGGUAUAUUUCUGUUGGAACCUUUGUAUCAUCAUUAUGUAAAAACGUUUAUACCAACUUUACAACGGGAAUCUGAUGUGAAAAUAUGGGUACAAUCAGCAGUAAUAUCAAAAAUUUGUCUUUACGGGUAUCAACCGUGUGUUCAGCUGAUACUUCCAUUGUUCAAAGAGUUGGUUCAGAACUGUACUGGCCGAAUGUUUAGUGAUAGCUGUAACAAAGUGCAGCCAACAGUGCGGCGAGUCCUCUAUGCUGUAGCUGCCAAAUACGGUAGUCAGGAAGACUUCGAGACACUGCUCCAGAAGUCUCGUAUCGAAAAGAGUCGUUUUGAGUCUCAACGUUUAUACUCUGUUCUAGGUUACACCCAGAAUCAGUCUAAUAUCUAUAGGAUUCUGGAAGAAAAUUUCAAUGAAGGAGCAGAUUUUAAGAUCAACUUUCAGCUUUUGGCACUUGCCAGAUCUGAAGCAAAGAUCAAACAGUGGUUAGCGUUUAUGACCAAAAAUUAUAAUUCCCAAGUUGAUAUAUGGAAG